AUGAAUGCUCUCAAUUCUCGUUUAAGCAAAGACUUCAUGCCAACCGAUGAUGAACUUCUUCAAAAGUUUCUCUACAACAAAAUUAACAAUAAACCAAUUCCCGAUUAUCUCAACAUUAUCGAACAUGAUUUGUUUGGUACUAAUAAGAAUCCGUUGGAUAUAUGGAAUGAGUUUGAAGCUUCGUUCUCAUAUGGCGGAAAAGACCUAUAUUUCUUUACUACCUUAAAGAAGAAAUCUGCUACAAGCACACGCUCCGUUCGCACUAUUGGCAGUGGUAAUUGGGAAGGCGAAGACACCGGAAAAAAUAUAUUUGCCAAAGACACGGACCAACUCCUCGGUUUAAAAAAACGUUAUCGUUUUGAGAGGAGUAACACUCCUCAAGAUGGUGGAUGGAUCUUGCACGAAUAUAACCUCCACAAAUCUUUGGUUAACAAUACUCCGGUCAACAAUUAUGUUCUAUGCAGAUUUAGAAAGAAUUUGAAAUCGAAAUCAAAAAAUACACAAGCAAAAUCAAGUAUAGGUGAUCAAUCCAAUUCUCAUUUAAGAAAUAUUUCACGAAUAAAAAAUUGUUCUGCACAAGAGAGUAAAGAAAGAGAACCUAUCAUUCAUAAACAAGAAGAAUCUGUCAUUCCUAAACAAAUAGAACCACUCAUAUCAGGAAAUGAUGUUUUGGUGAAAAAAUAUAUUAUUUAUGAAGAAGCAAUAACUCAAUCAAAUGAUGGUGGAAACGAGAAAAAAUAUGGGGAUGAUGAUGAUGAUGAGAUGUCUUGUCCUGAAUAUUUUGCAAAGAAUCUGUUGGAAAUUAAUGGAGGAGAAGGGUUCAUAAAAGAAGACGAUGUUCAAAUACUUAACAAUAAUUCUCAUAAGCAUUCUUCAAAUAAACAAAUUGGUUAUAAAAUUGGUUUCAUUUACAUGAAAAACAUAUAUGAGACUAACAUAGCAACAUGGCCAUUGGAGCAAUACUAUCAGCAACUGACUCAGUACAUUAGAGGUUCUCAGUCAAGAUGA